AUGAGAAAGGAACUAAAGUAUAUACUCUGGGCACACGUUGCUCUAGUCAUUUACCUAAUAUACUUGUCUUUUGACCUUAUAACUUUACUCCACGACGACACCUACAGCGAUGCACUUAUCGACUUUGAACUAAACCCACUGAAAAACAGCGGACAAUUGAACAAACCAGCACUCAUCCCCAAAAUCAUCCACCAGACUUAUAAGCUGGAAAACAUUCCAGAUAUUUGGAAAGCUGGCCAACAAGCCUGCAUCGACUUGCACGAAGACUACCAAUACAUUCUCUGGACAGACGAAAUGGCUAGGGAAUUUAUCAGCGAAGAAUUUCCAUGGUUUUUAAAAACCUGGGACAAUUACAAGUACAAUAUCCAAAGAGCAGACGCAAUAAGAUACUUUGCAUUAUACCACUACGGUGGUAUCUACAUUGACUUGGACGACGGAUGCGAAAAAAAAUUGGACCCAUUAUUAACAGUACCGGCAUUUGUCAGAAAAACUAUACCCACCGGUAUCUCCAAUGAUGUUAUGGGAAGUGUACCAAACCACCCAUUCUUUCUCAAGGCAAUCGAAUCAUUGAAAAACUACCAGCGCAACUGGUUGGUACCCUACAUCACCAUUAUGAUCUCUACAGGCCCAUUGUUUUUAUCAGUCAUUUGGAAACAGUACAAGAGAUGGGGUGUUCCUGAAGCUGGCAAAGUAAGAAUCUUGAUGCCAGAAAACUACAAGGGAUACAAUAACUCCUUUUUCGCAAUCGCACCCGGGUCCUCGUGGCACAUGGGAGACGCCAACUUUAUCAAGAGCUUGGCAAACCACUUGGUAUUGGCCGUUAUUGGUGGCUGUUUAAUUGCAGUUGCCAUCUUGGCUAUUGAGUACUUGUUUUACUCAUUUAUCAUCUCCACUUUUUUCAAAAAGUUCACCGCCAAGAUUGGCAACUUUUUCAUGUGGACAAUCACCAAAAUCUUGAGAUUCUUCAACUUGGACAAGUUUAUCGAAUCAAGUGAAGCUUUGAAACAAUACAAGUUGGUGGGCCUUGGAGAAGACGAAGAACGAACCUUUUGCGCAAUAACUGAAAAGUUUAAGCAGCAAGAACAAUUACCAUUGCAUGUACAACAACAACAUCAACAACAACAACAACAACAACAGCUGCUACAACUGCAAGAUAAAGACCAACAAUUGCACAAACAAAAGCAUCCUCACAUUGCACAAGACAAUCAGAACAAAAAGAAUGGCAUCAACUUGAUGCAAUUUUUGAAAAACUCCAAUGUGAAAAGAAGGAGUCGAAAAGAUUCCAACUUGCCAUUCAAUAUUGAGAUGAUGGAGCAAUUGGCUCAAGAUACUACCAUUGUGAUAGCCGAUGAUACUAGCUCUUUACCCAAUACAAAACAACACCACCAACAACAGCAGCAGCAGCAGCAACAGCAGCAGAAAGACGGUGCUCAAGAGCACAUUGUCUACCUCUCCACCAAUGACGACACUGACGUCGAUCCCGAUAACGAAACUGACCAAGCCUUCUUUUCAGACGGGAAUAAUGAUGCCGAUAUACUGGCAAAUGAUGAGUUUAAUGACGACUAUAACGACAACAUUGUAUAA